GUGGAUGGUAAAUUGGACAAGAGCCUUCUAAUCCCGAAGAUAAUUCAUCAAACUUACAAAACUGAUCAAAUUCCCGAAACCUGGCAACCUGGGCAGCAAGCUUGUGUUGAUCUACACCCCGAUUAUCAAUAUAUCUUAUGGACAGAUGAGAUGGCCAGAGACUUUAUCGCAGAAAAAUAUCCGUGGUUCUUAAGAACCUGGGAUUUAUAUCCGUACCCAAUACAGAGAGCAGAUGCAAUCCGCUAUUUUGCGUUGGCGCACUAUGGCGGAAUUUAUAUCGACCUCGACGAUGGAUGUAUGAGACGAUUAGACCCUCUUUUGACUGUUCCAGCAUUCGUCCGGGAGACCCAGCCAACAGGUAUAUCAAAUGAUGUUAUGGGGGCUGUACAAGGCCACUUGUUUUUUGUGAAAGUUCUCGAGAAUCUUGAGAAAUACCAGCGAAACUGGCUUGUCCCCUAUAUUACAAUUAUGUUCUCUACUGGCCCACUAUUCCUCUCUGUGAUGCUAAUGCAAUACAAAAGGAAGGGCGUACCUGAGGCGGGAAAAGUUCGAGUGCUACUUCCUAACGAUUAUAAAGCAAAUUCAGACUCUUUCUUUUCAAUUUCACCAGGAUCAUCGUGGCAUCUAGAUGAUGCCAAACUUAUGAAGUUGAUGGCUCAGCACAUAGGCCUAGCCGUUCUUGCAGGGUUUUUGAUUGCAGGAUGUGUAUUUUUGUUGGAAUGGUGGUUUUAUCAGUGGUGCGUCCGCACAAAUUUCACAAAGUUUUCUGAAAGACUUUAUUCAAAGUUCAAGGGGAAAAAGUUCGUGAAGAAGAGGUCGAGAAAAGACUCGAAUUUGCCCGUCACACUAGACCUUGAGAAGGUGGAUGAGGUGUGAUCAAAUUUUGGUGAACUGUUGAGGUUUUUGAAGGGAAAACGGUGGAGAUUCAGCGCACAGAUUUUUAGGAUUUAGUAUAAUUUCUAUUUACAAAUAUCACUUUUCUGAUUUAGAC